UUCCAGCUGACAGGAAGAAGAAAAGAUUACUUUCCCUUUCGAUUCUUCACUGCAGAAAUCAAAGCAUAGAAGAGACUCUUCCUCCAAAAGAUCGAGUCCUUUUGAUCAGUCUGAAUCCAUCUUGGACUUUUCGUUGUAGCAAAAGUAAAAGCAUGGACUCUAAAAAUGAAAAUUUGAGAGAUGAGGAUUUAGAAGAAUUCUUCAGAACCAAAGAAGUGGCAAUUUCUUCUGCAAUCACCAAUCCACUUCCUUUUCUCCAAAGUCUACGAAAUGAGAAUAUAAUCAGUGAAGAAGAAUUUGAGCAAUACCAAAACGAAUCUAUUUCAAAUCUAGACAAUAUUGGAAAACUAGUAUGUGACUUGCUUAAAAAGACAAACAAUAUCUCACCACUAAAAGGGAUCUUCUGCAACAAAAAUUUGGAGAUGUAUCCAGAUUUAAACACAAUAUUCCAUGAUGUGAACAAUGCACCUGCUGGUGGGACAAAGAGUAGGAGAAGGCCCCAAAGACAAACAAGAAGCAGAGGGAAAAUUCCACGCAUUCCAAAAGGAAAAAAGACACUGAAAGUCAGCUGUGGAGAUGCUACAGGUGUUUUAUACACAGAAAAAAUGAAAAAAGGUGUUUCAGAGAAAUGUAUCAAAGAUUCUGAUGGAAAAUGGUUCACACCAUCAGAAUUUGAGGUAAAAGGAGGACGUGGGACAUGGAAAUGCUGGAAGAGAAGUAUUCGUUUUAAUAGAGUUCCAUUAGGAGACUUGAUAGAGAAAGGAAAACUUCCUAAACCAUGCAACCACAGAAAAAAAAAGAGAAAGACUGCUUCAGGGCCAGUUCACCAAUCACCACAGUUCCAGUCAUCAGGUGCUAGGUGGAGGAGGAGAAGGAGGGUGGUGGACACUUCAUCUUCCUCCUCUGAAGUCUCAUCUGCUGCCUCCCCAGUUGCAUCUCCAGAGGAAGCUGCAGCGGAGUCAGAGUCAGAGGAGCAAUCCAGGACCUCUGCUGCUUCUGCAGGCAUGCCACCUCAUGCAAUAGCUGCAGCGGAGACAGUGGAAGAGGAGGAGCAGCAGCAACCCGGGAUCUCUACUGCUUCUGCAAGUGUGCCACCUCAUGCAAUAACAUCAUGUCAAAGCAUCCUGCACAAAAUAGGGGAGGGAAUCUUGAAGAUUUCAUCGAAUUGCAAUAACAUGGAGGUGAGGCUCCAAGCCACAAAAAAUCUCCUGGAUGGCCUGCAGGAGCACCUAGAACAAGCCUCAAAUAUGUCUGAUGUACAGAAACAAAUGAAUGACAUCAUUCACUACCAGACAAAGCUGCAUACAUCAGUGGGGAGGCUCCUGGAAGCCCAGAGCCUGGAAGAGCCUCAGCUAUAAAGAAAUGUGCUGUUCUCCCACCCUGCCUUAAUUCUAUUCGUUUACCUCCAUUAUCUCUUGUGUACCCCUCCCCUGAAAUGAUAUUCUGGUACAAGUCUGUUGCUCAUUAUGUACUCUUUAAAAGUUGGUACUUCAGCCAUUUGCAGACAUAAUGGGGGGAGGGGUUCCUAGUGGUUGUAUAAGGAGGAUAAUGAAAUUGGGUGGUCUGAGAAGGUAUAAGAUAUAUAUCUGCAAAUAGACCAUUCACCCUUGAUCCAAUGCAGCGCAGAAUUCAUGCAAGGGAGAGACAGUGCUAUACUUUGAUGUGGGGGCCAUACAUGUGGAACAUCCAUUGUGCCUCUACUAGUAUUGGGAAAAGAUAUAAAAACCCAGUUUUCAAGAUUGUGACAUCUUUACCAUCUUCAUAAUUUUUUUUAUGCACAUUG